AUAAAAACAAUAUAUUAGUUAUAUAUACGAAAAACAAGUCAAGUGCGCAAAAUUCUUUCAUACUAGAGUGUAAACCAACGGCAGCGACACCAACGCCAACAGUUAAUAACCAUUAUUUGUGAAUUCAUUGAAAAACUGUUAAUGUGAAAAAAGUUAACAUUUGUGCAAUAUAAUACAAAAAAUGUGCAAGAGUUUUAAAUGAUCAGUAGCGUUUUUGACAUAGUAUUUGGUAAAGACAUAUGAAAAAAUCUAAACAUUUUUGCGGCAAUUAUAACCAAAUACUUGUAAUUGAACCAAGCAAUACUUUAAAGAAAAAAGUAGCUACCGAGAAAUUCAGUGCCGCCAGUUGCACCACACACUUGCAGCCCACAGUUGUGACAGCACAAACAUAUGUAUGUCUGUAUGUAUAUGCAAACGCAAAUGGUUUUGCUCUCCAGUACGAUGUGUGUGCCAGCCGAGAGCUAGGCUCAUACCUACCCGCAUGUGCAUCUUAAUAUCCCUGGGUGUUAUAUCGAACAUCUACUCCUCCCGCAUACCCCUAAUACGUGCAUUGCAGAGAACAGCAACGGGGAAGUGAAACAGGCAGCAAUUCAAUCCGCCGGCCGCCAACGUGUGAUUUGUAUGUAAAUGAAAGUGGCUUGCAUGCGACCCAGAAAUUUGAUUUGGAGCACAUUUCGAGCAUACCGAAUUGAAAUACUGCAUACACCUACAUUUGUAUGUUGAUUUGUAUAAACAUGUCUAGUUUAUUUAUAUACACUCCUGUCGAUUAAGUUUGAUUGGUCUGUCAGUGCCGGAAUAAUUCAAAUUGGAGGCACGGUAUUGCACUCAACGUCGCAUCACAUCAUUGAUAACCGUUCAUUGCAUUGACGUUAUUGUUUCCUUUUUUCAAACUACCAGCGCAACGGUCGCAUUAUCAUCGAUCUAACAAAUCCAUUUUGAUUUCAACAUUUUAUUUCAUCUUAUACAUUGUUUCCGGUUACUCGAGCUACACUUAGCACAAACGCAAUAGUGAAAAGGGUGUCAAAGACCUACAUAAAUACUAGACUGCCAACUUUUGAUAAAAGUAUGAUCUUUCCUCUCUAGUAAUCGCAAGAAGCUAGAAGCCUAGUGAAAACUUCCGAGAAAAUAUUUUUAAGCACAACAGCAAGAAGCUAGAGAAGGCAUCAAAAUGACGACUAAAUCCAAGGCUCAGCAAGAAAAACACAAAAUGUCCGAAAUCGACGAAAACAUCUCGAAACUAUUUGAUGUAAAAAAGCGCUUAGGAAAAGGUGCCUAUGGCAUCGUGUGGAAGGCGUUGGAUAAGCGUACAAACGAAACAGUGGCAGUUAAAAAGAUUUUUGACGCUUUUCGUGAUGAGACCGAUGCGCAGCGCACUUUUCGGGAGAUUGUUUUUCUAAAAGCCUUCCGGAAUCAUCCAAAUGUUAUAAGAUUACUCACUGUAUAUAGGGCUUCGAAUAAUUUGGAUAUAUAUCUUAUCUUCGAAUAUAUGGAAAGUGAUUUGCAUAACAUCAUUAAGAAAGGCACUAUUUUGAAAGACAUUCAUAAGAGAUAUGUGAUGUAUCAGCUAAUUAAUGCUAUCAAGUACAUACAUUCGGGGAAUGUAAUACAUAGGGACCUGAAACCGAGCAACGUUCUUAUUGACAGCAAAUGCAGAUGUAAAUUGGCAGAUUUCGGAUUAGCGCGUUCUGUCUCGAAUCGGCCGAUACGUGACAAUAACGAUGUGAGUAGAGAUCCUAUUAUUGAGCCAUUACUGACGGACUAUGUCGCAACACGUUGGUAUAGAGCUCCGGAAAUUCUAAUCGCUAGCAAAAGGUAUACAAAAGGUAUUGAUAUGUGGAGUUUAGGAUGCAUACUUGGCGAGAUGAUUCGUGGAAAACCUUUAUUUCAAGGCAGCAGUACGGUUAACCAGAUAGAAAAGAUAGUAACAGCUUUACCGGAAAUAAGUGAUCAUGACAUUCAUGCGGUAGGGGCUGGUUUCGGAUCCGUGCUUCUCAACAAACAGAUUUCACAUGAAAGAAGAACCUCACUGAGUGAAAUGAUGGCUGAUGCUCCAGAGGACGCUGUGAAUAUGGUAGAGUCGUUGUUAGUGCUUGAUCCCUUGGCGCGGCUUACAGCGAAACAGGCCCUUGGGCAUCCAUAUGUAGAAAAAUUUCGAAACUCUAUACCCGAGAUUGAACUGAACGUCGACAUAUUGCCGCCAUUUCGCGAUGAUGUGCGCCUUACUGUGCCUGAAUAUCGAUCAAAGCUGUAUGAAAUCGUUCAACUUAACAACGAAAAGGCAGAUAAACGACAAACAUCAUCAAACGCAAAAAGUUCGAGCAUAAAGCAAAAGGAUCAUAAACAGUCGAAUACCUACGAUAAGUUCGAAGCAACAAAGAAAAGCCAUAAAAUUAAACAAAACAGCAGCACAGAAGACAAAUAUAUAUCAAAGGAUAAGUAUUUUAGUCGUCCGGAGAAACAUGAGAGCGAAACGCAACCAUCUGUCAGUGUGCCAAGUAUUAAUGGUAAACCAAUAAAGAAAAUGGUGCCGGUAUCACCAAAUGCCAAGCGUAAGUUUGUCAAAGCACAGUCGAAAUAUUUUACAGAACAUCCAACAGAAAUGGUGAAAAGUAAAAACCACUUAAAAUCGCACGAAAGCUACGAGGAUAACUUGCCAAUAAAUGCGCUCGAUAAGCGUCACUCCAUAGAUGGUGGUUAUGCAAGCCUUCCCGAUGGAGGUGCCGCUAAUUUUGGUGGCCCCGCAGCAGAAAUAGUCGGUAGACAGAUAACAUCACCAAACGGUGCUCUUAGAAAGAUCGAAAGUACACGCCGCCAGUACCGCAGCUCUUCUUCAAUAUGCAGAGGAGAGCAAACAAACUCACAAGAGCAAUCGAAGAACCACCUCGCCCAUACUCAUGCACAUCCACAUUCGCAACAGCAAUUAAAACACAGCCAGCAACAUAAUAGUUUUGUUUAUCCAGACACAGAAUGUGAACGAACUUACAUGGAUGAGCAAGAUCGGCAUAACCACAACACUACCACUUUCCUAAACAAGCCCUCAUGUGUCCGAGGCACAAAGUCUGGCGUAAUCAAUUGCGUUGUUGGUGGACCCGCGUCUCAAUCUGAGCACAUGGUCAGAAAUAAUGAACGACUUUGUUACGAAAAACGAUUAAAGAAAUUGGAGGAGGAAAUUGAAAAGUACAAAAAGGAAGUUAAGUCAUUCUGUAAAGAAACUUUCAGUUAUACUUACCCACAGUCGCCAUAUAAGAAUGGCAAAAGUCACAACCAGAGCCAGAAUCAAAAUUACAACCGCAACACCAGCUAUCAGCAAAUGCAACAAUCUCGCUCACAAGCCCAGCAGCAACAACAUGUGCGACGGACGAAAUGUGACGGCAGCAACAGCAGAAACCAGCAACAGCAAUACAAUCAAUACCAACAACCACAGUCCAGUCUGCCAAAUAUGCUGGCAGCGCAUCAACCCAAUACGCAAAAACAGAAUCCGUACUAUAAUCUCCUAGCGAAGGUGUCGCGAGAUUUUGGGGGUAAGAAUGGUAUUCAUUCUGUCGUUGCAAGUAGUACUGCUGCCACUGGAGGUAGUGCUGUGGAUGAGGGGGGUGAAUACUUUGCCGAUAGGCCGGCGAAUGUGGUGAAUAAAGACAUACUGAAGGAUCAAAAACAUCAACAGACUCACGAUAACUCCAACCUCUCGCAGACACACCAGCAGCCUGUUAACAAUCACCAGCGUCACGCUAGGCCCAUAUCGAAAUUCAUAGCGCGCCCACAACUAAGUGAUCAUUUUACAAAACAAGCAAUUACAAAUUACCAAUGAUAUUAAUUUUAAUAUUAUAGGCCAGAAUAACUGCCAUUUUUUGCCUAAGUUACCUUAAAUGCGCAUUUGCGUGUAUGUGUCAUUGAUGAUUACCUAUAUAUGUAUAUAUAGUUAUGUAUAUGUGCCCAUGCAAUGUAAUGUAUACGUGCUAUGAGAAUAUAUUUUUAUGUAU